GCAACUUUGCCACACAAUGACAUCAUCAAGAGAUUUUACCUCCUCAUUAUGGCUAUCAUCACUAACAUUAUACUCUUUAUCAGGAUUUAUAUCCUACUCUUCUGCCAUCCCAAAAGAAUACUCCAACACCUACUGGCUUAAAUCCCAUAGGCCAUGGAAUGAUCUCGGAAUAUUCCUGUGGUUGUGUCAAGAACCGGGCGAACCCGACUGGUAGCGCCUACGACCAGCGGCGUUGCAGCUCGGCGUUUGGGAUGGUAAAUUCGCAGAUUGGGGCGCCGAACAGAGAAAUUUUCAAAUAAACCCAACAUUAUAUCCGCGCUUCUGCCCUAAAAGAUUGCAUUGGGGUAGCAAUGGCGGCUGGAUUGGCGGCUAUGGCAGCUGGAUUGGCAAGAGGGAGUCGUCCUGUCCGGGUGAGGAAAUAUCACAGCGUUGCACAGCCAAGCUGGAAGGACUACAGAUGCUACAAAUCCCUCGUCGGCCUGCUCAUGGAGCGUCUCUCUUUCCGCGUGGAAUACCACAUGGACAUGAUCCUCGACUUCUCCUUCUACCAGCGAUUCGUCCGUGUCGUGGAUGGCAGCGAUAUGCAACUCCUCAAUCAGCGGAUUCGCGUCUUCAAUUACCCGAUUCUCUUCAUGGAGAACUUCUUCAUCGGGGAGGGCGAUCCAUACUUCGACUACCCAGGCCCGGCGCCGGGCAAGGAAUGGGUGGCGCGCCUCACCCCGCUGCUGGACGAGUGGGAUCGUCUGCCAACGGAGGAGCUGUGGCCGGCGAUCGAGUUUGCGCAGAGGCUGGCGUGUGCUGCCGAGAGGGACGUGUUUGCCGCGAGCGAGACGAGCUUGACAAGCUUCAAAGAUUGGAGGGACGGUGUGCGCAGGGUGGCCAUGGAUUCCAAUCUGCAGUGGGAGUGUGGGGUGUGGGAUUUCGGCUUCAAGAGUCUUUCAAAAUGCGUGUCGGGGAGCAAACGAGAGUACGAUUUCGUGCCCAGUGACGAGCUAGACGCCAAGAGCUAUUCCAUUGCCAAGGACGCCCUGGAGCGAGCACAAAAGGUGGUGGAGGCCGGCGCUCCCAUGGAUCCGCGUUGGCUCCCGCUGGCUGUGUCGCAGCUCCCGGUUGUGACGAGGCUGGUGGAGCACCAGGGGCGGAUGCUGGACGAGGCGAAGAAGCGGCCACCAGGUUCCGAUCGAUUUGUUAGAUGAGGACCAUGAAGUCCUGAGCCACAGAUUUCUUGUCCGGGCCAAAUCUACAGCGUCCUUACGACGUGGUUAGCUGUUUGGCGACGGCCGAGCUAGUGAGCGGUGCUUCGUCCCGGCUGACCGAAGUCCUGAGAGAGAGAAGAAGCCAAGUGUAGCCGGCAGGACUACGGCACAUUCAAUGCGACAGGUGAACGCCGCGGCGGCUGUGGUGCCUGCUUGCGUUGGCUGUUCCUUGUUGAUUUAGAAUUUCUCGUCUUUCCUUGCUGGCGGGAGAUAUCUAGAAUUCCUUUUCUCUGCAAAAUCUUCAUCACAGCGUGGCGGACCUCGACGCUCCCCAUCUCCUCGAGUUGGUGCGUUGCUUCAGCUACCUCGAUCAUGUGUACAGAUCGCAAAUCCUCGGCUGUCAAGUUGCGCUUGAAGCUUGGCUCCGGAAACCUGUAACCUGAUGGACGGGCAACCAAGUUCUGUACAUAGUGAACUUUCCUGUUCCUGACCCAGCGCAUGUAGUGGUGAUCAAGAUAGACUCGGAUAGCUUGCGCCGAGAGCUCUGGAAAGCAGGCCAAUCUGGCUUGAUAAAACAAUGCCCUUGCUGUAUCCACAGCCUGCCCUUGAGUGGCAGGCCAGAUCCACAAAGGAUCGAUAGUGCAUCUGUCGUGCUCGUCUUUGAUAGCAUAUAUGUUCUCCAGGCCUGCUAAAGCAAAAAUGUGAACAAACUGUGAAUCCACAUCUGUGGCAUUUGGACGAAGAUGUGUUCUCCCCAUUUGAAGAUGUAGAAUGUGCUUCAUGUUGUGAAUGAUGUAUAUAUCCGCAACUUUCAAAAACUCCUCAUGCAUCACGAUCAAAGCACCACGACAUAUGUCAUUCUUCUCUGCUAACUCGGCUUGCAGCACAUACCCAGGCGGAGGAACUGCUGUGGGAUCAACACUCUCUUUGGAAACGAAUCGAAACUUCCAGUUUUGUGGACUCAAGACCCUCAGCGUGCUUGCAUCCACCACCAUGGAGACCCGGAACGUGUUAUUAGCUAUGGGUUUCUCCUGAGACGCUAACGCCAAAAGGCUUUUGCUGUACUGGGGUAGUUUGCCAUACAACCAAGAUGCCCAUGUCAGAUGCCCUUCCAGAUCAUGUGCGGCAAUGACAGAGCUCCAAGAAGCAAAACUUCCAGAAGGCAUCCGGUUGAGUUUCUGAUCCUUUCCCCCUUCGUCACGCCUAGGCAAUGACAGCCUGAAGCGUCGCAGUGGAGCGAAGAAGAGUAAAAGCCUCCAGCAAUCCCUGUAGUGUCGCAUGACUGCAAAUGCCCGAAAGAGGGAGAGAAAAUCCCCUAGGGUUUAGCGAUCGAUGGCAUCAUGCAAGGAGGCGCUCAGGCUGCCGUGCUCGCGUACAUUCUCUUCGUUGCGCCGGGAUCACCACCGUCUUGGACUCUUGGCUAGAGUUGCCAAUCGUAGAGAUUCUCCAGUAGCAAAAGAAAAGGCCGUCGGAGUUUCUAAUUACAAAGAUGUGGCAUUUACGCAAGCAACUAACAGUGGAGAGGCAAGAGAGCUCACGAUCAGCUGAAGAGAUGAUGACGAGUUGUCGAAUCAGGUAAACUACAGCUUGAUCUAUCGAAAGCCAGAGGAGAACAGCGUCAAUGGGCUGACAAUGUGCUCGUCGGCUGCCCGCUACCAUCCCAAACCCCGAGUUUAUAACACUACUGGUUGGCCGGGUUUUCAUUCGGAAGCUCCAGCUGCGAGGAUACAAACUUAAGUACGAAACGCUGGAGAUUCUACCUCGCUCGGUGGGCGAUUUGGGAGGGCCGGAGACGCUGGAAGCAGCGGUCCAAGGAUGCAACAAGAUCAUCUGCUGCGCCGCUGCACGAUCGAUUACCAAAGUUAACAAGUAAGGGAGUCCAAACUCUAUAGGAAUACAAUCACAGGCUGACAGAAACUCGUGCUGGGCGGAGCAGCAAUGGUUGUGGCGAAAUUCACCUAAACAAAAGAGGUGAAGCUUUCAGUGGCAACAGUCCCUCAAAGUAUCAAGUGAAACUUGAUGGAACUUUGGAUGUGGAUGAAAGCAACAAUGCUGACUUUGCAGGUCUGUGUUUCCUCACUUUUACCAGCUUUCGUUGUUCCUGCAGCAGAGGUGGCUACGUGGACAGGUGUGAAGAUUUUCCAAAGCUCUCAACCAUUUGGCAAUCAAACCCGAGAUGGACAAUCCAGUAAUCACCAUGGAUCUCAUUCUCUCAAAUGAUAAGGCAAACUUUCUCAA